GCUUGGCUAAGCAAAGCACGUGUUCAUACUUUCUGGAGAGGCGAUUAAUAGAAUCUCAUGGUAGUUGCUACAAAGAUUUCUGGACUGACAGUAAUAUAUAUGCUCGUUCGAGCUCGUUUUCGAGGUUAAUUCGCUUCGCCGGUGUUAAUUUACUUGCUUAAGUUGAACAAAAACAAAUGUUGAUAUGGAGCAUUUUAACGUGUGCAAGGAACUCCAAGAAAUUGAAGAGUCUAGGAAUUUAGACUGCAGUAGCCCUGCUACCUGUUGUAAAUCUUGCAAUGGUAAAUGGUUUGGACCCACAGAACAGGAAAGUGCAAAGUCAUGAAAAGAUCAGUUACAAAGUUUGGAUAUUAAACCUAUAACUAAAGAGUUACAAAGUUAGGAAGCUAAGAUCUAUCCUCUUGUAAGAGAUAAUAUGGACAAAGAGAUAUGGCUACCCCCAGAACCAGAAGAUAUAGAGGAUGAAAUGGAAGGAAGUAUUACCAAUUAUUAUGACGAUGAUGAUGAUGAAUUUGGUGAUGGAACUAAAUGGGGUAAACCAAGUUUAAGUAAUAGAGGAGAGGAAGGGAGACGAAGCUACAGAUUUAGAGAGGAAAACACAAAACCAAUGAAUGAGACAAUGAUUGGGAAAUUAAAGGGCAAUAUCCGUCAACUCCUUAAAUCUGCAGCUGUUGAUGUUUCUGUCGAGGAAUGUGAGAAUUGGGUGGAUAUAAUAACUUCUCUAUCAUGGGAGGCUGCUUUGUUUGUUAAGCCUGAUGCUGCUGAAGGAAAAUCAAUGGAUCCCGAUGGAUACGUGAAAGUCAAAUGUGUAGCAACUGGCUCUAUCAGCCAAAGCAAAGUGGUAAAAGGAUUGGUGUUCAAAAAGAAUGUUGCUCUAAAGCACAUGCCAAUGAUGUAUCAGAAUCCUAGACUGUUAUUGAUAAGAGGUGCACUUGGACCUUCAACUGGACUGUCUUCGUUUGGAGAAAUAUGCCAGGAAGACAGUGAGAGAUCCAUCAUGGAGGCAAUAGAUAUGUGCCAACCAAAUUUGGUCUUAGUUGAGCAAUCUGUUUCUAGUUAUAUCCGUGAGUCUAUUCGUGCAAAAGGAAUGACAUUGGUCUCAGACAUGAAGCUGCACCGCUUGGAGAGGGUUGCUCGUUGUACAGGUUCACCAAUCCUAUCUGCUCAUACUUUGAUGAACCAAAAGCUUAAACAGUGUGACCUCUUCCAGUUUGAACAAUGUAUACUGGAACACAAUGUUUCCAAAGAUGAUUCUAGAAAACAAACAAAGACAUUGAUGUUCAUUGAGGGCUGCCCUACACGACUUGGUUGUACGAUUUUGCUGAGGGGAACGCAUAGUGAUGCACUUAAGAGGAUCAAAUGUGUGGUUCGGUGUGCUGUUGUUAUGGCUUAUCAUCUGAUCAUGGAGACUGCUUUCCGGUUGGAUUUUUUGGCUAUGUUUUCUACCAUUCCCUUAAACAGAACCAGUCAGCAUUUCUUGGCUGUUGAGUCUAAUGUCAUGGGGAAGAUUGAUUCUUCAUCAGACUUUUAUGUUCCAAUAUCCAAUGGAUCUCAUGAAGCCAAUUCAGAGAAUUUAAGCUCGGAUUUACUCAGAGAUUCUACUUUUUCGUAUGAGCCAUACAAUCCAGUCAGUCUUUCUGGGUUAUCAUCUCUUUCAACAUCACUGAAGAAUGUCAUGGAUGACAGUUUUUCGCCUUUCUCAUCACCCUCUCAUGGGUCGAUCUCCAGGUGCCUGGGACUAAGGGAUCCUGGAAGUCAGAUAUCAGAAAAUGAUCAACAUAUUGAUUCUGGAAGAAAUAGCUCCGAUGAGGAUAAGUCUCCUGAGAGUGAUCAGCCUAAUUCGCCUCUUGCUUCAUAUGAAAUUAAUUCAGAUAUGGAGACCAAAGAUGACAUUUCCACUGUUCUAGACUCGGAAAGUAUUCUUGUUUUAAUGUCCAGCAGGAAUGCUUCAAGAGGGAGCAUUUGCGAGCAAAGCCAUUUCUCUCAUAUCAAGUUCUACCAUAAUUUUGAUGUUCCACUAGGAACAUUCUUGGAGGAAAAUUUACUUAAUCAGAAGUUCUUGUGUUCCUCAUGUAAUGAACCCCCUGAGGCUCAUUUUUACUACUAUGCACAUCAUAAUAAGCAGCUCACUGUUCAAGUUAAACGUCUUCCAGUGGACAAGCGGUUGGCUGGUGAAACAGAAGGGAAGCUUUGGAUGUGGAGUCGCUGUGGCAAGUGUAACCGCCAUAAUGGGUACCCAGAAUCUACCAAGAGGAUGCCGAUUUCAACUGCUGCUCGUGGUUUAUCUUUUGGGAAGUUCUUGGAGCUCAGCUUUUCAAGUACUGCUACAUUUGGUGUGCCAUCUGUCUGUCACCACUUUUUGCACAAUGACUUCCUUUACUUUUUCGGAUUAGGCCCCAUGGUAGCAAUGUUAAGACACUCGACUGUGGCAACUUAUUCCAUGUGUAUGCCACCUCUAAUGUUGGAGUUUAAUAUCUCAAUCAGAGGAGAGUUGCUUAAGAAAGAAAUAAAGAAGGUUUACACCAAAGGGCUACAUUUUUUUGAGGAAUUGUCCAAGUUCCUACAGAAGAUUAGACCAAGAUUUGAAGAUUUAGAUCUGCAAUUUACUGGCUCAGUUGAAAAUUUCUCUGAAAUUGAAGAGAUGUUGAAGGUGGAACAAUCUGAAUUUGAGACGAGCUUUCAGAAUGCUGUUACAAAUAGUGGGGCUGGAAGUAUAGCUUCUUACAACCUCCUCAGCUUGAAUCAAUUUUCAUAUGACAUUUUCCUCGAGUUACAAAUCUGGGAUCAACGCCUACAUUCACUUAUCUCAACAGAUUCUUCCGAAAUAACUUUUAGAACAUUGGAGAAAUCCAUGAGGAGUAGGGUAACACAUUCAAUAGAGAAUAGAUUUGAAGAAUCUAGAGCUAGAGAUGAUGCGUCCCCUCCUUCAACUGUUGUUGAGGAUCAAAAAGACAAUCCCAAUGAUGAUAUUUUUCAUAAAGAUAUCUUCCAAAGUAAUCCUGCAUGGUUUUGGGCUUCAUUUCCAGAGAUCAGGAAGGAUCACAUGAAUUCGAAGGACAUUACAAAUGGUCAAAUGCAAAAAUUUGAACCCAUUUCUAGCUAUUUGCUAGAAAACAUUCCCAAAGCUCAAGAGCUGAUAACUGAAGAAGGGUCGAGAAUGCACAUCCCGCUUGGUUUUGAUGAUUACAUGGUCUCGGAUUAUGAAGACGAGUUUUCGAGCAUAAUUGCAUGCGGUUUGACCUUACUUAGUAAUGACAAAGUUCCCACUUUAACUUACCCAUAUAUGUCGUCAUUUAGUUCAUUGGAUUCAGAAGCAACCUCUCGCAGUCUGUCAUCCUUAGAAGAGACGUCGCAUUUCUCAAGUUUCGACAGGCUAAAUAUUUCCGACUUCUCUUUAGUUAUUUCUGAUAAUAUUCACCCAAAAGUCGACAUGGGGGUGAGCAGAAAUUCUGGAAAAUCCAAAUAUUCAGUUGUUUGUCUUUAUGCAAACGAAUUCCUCGAGCUUAGAGAAUACUGCUGUCCUUCGGAGCUUGACUACAUUGCUUCUCUCAGCCGUUGUAUGAAUUGGGACGCAAAAGGGGGGAAAAGUAAAUCCUUCUUUUUCAAAACUCUGGACGAUCGUUUCAUAAUUAAAGUGAUCAAUAGGGCAGAGCUCGAGUCGUUUAUGAAGUUUGCUCCACAGUAUUUUAGAUACAUGAAGGAGUGUAUUGAUUUGGGUAAUCAAACUUGUCUUGCAAAGAUUCUAGGGGUUUAUCAGGUGAGUAUUCGACAAAGCAAGAAUGGAAAGGAAAUGAAACAUAAUGUGUUGGUGAUGGAAAACCUUUGGUUUGGCUGUAUUAGUAAUAUAACUCGGCAGUAUGAUCUCAAAGGGGCCUUGCAUGCUAGGUUUAAUUCAAGCGACGGUUCGUCAGGAGACGUUCUUCUUGAUCAGAACUUUGUGAACGAUAUGAAUGCUUCCCCUUUAUACGUGAGCACGGAAUCUAAGCGUCGUUUGCAACGGGCAGUGUGGAACGACACGAGCUUUCUCAACUCGAUAAAUGUGAUGGAUUACUCGUUACUCGUUGGAGUCGAGGACGGGCAGAAGAAACAACUUGUGUGCGGAAUUAUCGAUUACGUGAGACAGUAUACAUGGGACAAGCAGCUUGAAACAUGGGUAAAAUCUUCGUUAGUUCCGAAGAAUCAGUUACCAACUGUCAUCUCCCCCAAAGAGUACAAGAAGAGAUUCAGGAAGUUCAUCACUACUUACUUCUUAACUGUCCCAGAUAACUGGUGUAACUAAUUUACUACACGUCGUCAUAAUCAGUCAUCCCCACAUCAGCAUCCACUUGUCAUAUUCAGCAAAUACAUGACUGUGACUUGGCGCUGCUGACGUUUUCUAUUAUUUAUUUUUAUUUAUUCUGUUAAGAUUAUUAUUAUUGUAAAUAGGCUGGCAUCUGGCUAUUAUUAGUUUGCAGUUUUUGGGUGCAAAUUAUAUAAUAUAAAAAGGCUGGCUAGAAAAUGUAGAAAGGGAAUAUUACUUUUAA